CAGCAUCUUAGAUCACACUUCCACGACUCUCCAACACGGAAAACUGGUUCCUUUUGCACAAAGUUCGUGUCCAUUGAUCUUUUUUCGGUUAUAAAUUUAAUUCAUCAUCAGCGCAUUCGAAGGUACUUCCAUUAACUUAAUGGGAGCCGUUAGUCAGCAUAACGCCUUCACUUGCAACACUCUUGCAGGAAAUUGCCAAAUUCAGAUAUCCGCUGGAAAUCACCUAAAUGCUGCCCAUUCACUUCGAGAUGCUUCUCAGGAGAGCGACGGGAAGCAGGUUCCUUUUUCACAAGGUAACUUGGUUUUUUUUCUUUACCAUUUUGGUUGUUUGAUUUUGGUUGAUUUUAAGUUUGGUGAAACGUGCAUUACCCCCGUUGCCGAUCAUUCAUAGUGUUCAUUCCAUCUCUGUAUCAGGUUGCCCCUUUUCCCCCCAAGUUCAUUAACUUUUCCGGUCGUGGUGUAACGAUAGGAUUUUUUAUUUAUCGAGUUCUUUCAUGCUAGCGCUUAAAAUAUAUAAAAUUCAACGUAGAAAGCUAAGUUCAGCAAAGCGUAGACGCUACCAGUUCUCCUUCAGCCACCCGUAAACAGUUGUUAUUAGUGUUAAACUGUAACAGCCACCUGUCAUGUCCUUUUGUGUAAUUGUUAUCCACUGGAACUCUUUGAAGGUAAUUAAUGUUGUAAAAGGCGAAAUUCCUACUUAGCCAAUAGUGUAGUAGAUUACAUGAUUCUUUAGAUUAUUCAUGGCAUUACGUUAUCCAUGUACGUUAGGCUUAAAUAGAACUGUUUUGUAAAGCUUAAAGAAGAGAGAGACGAAACGAGAGAAAAGAGAGAGGGGGUCAAACCAGCUCUGGCCAGGUCAGUUCUGGUCAAAAUUGUAGUAGAGCUUGCAGAAUAAAUCUACGUUGGAGCCAACCCUGUUGUUGUUAGUCAUUGUCUCAAGGAUAGUCAGCAGCCAUAAUAGAUUCCGGUCCUUCCCGCAGCCAGCGAGUGCCCCCAAGGAAAGCCUUUACCCAGAAGGAGUUUUUUAGAGUUGUUCCCGUCCGUCCGUUUAUUUGUUAAGGCAAAACCUGUUUUCACAGUGGACAGGAUAAUGUUAGAUUUAUUUUUUGUGGCUCAUUUUGUCUAUCGCUGACGCUGUUUUUCGAUAUUUUAGGGAAUGGAUACAAAUCUCUCGUUUUGCCUCACAAAGUUAGCGAAUCUCUCCAGUUAACAUCAGACGCCCCAAAAGAGGUUGUAGAUAAAUUGCUUCACAAUCUACAACUUGAUGAUACCUCACUGAAAGAUCCAAAACCUGAAACUGAGAAAUGGAUCCGUUGCCUCACGAGGGACGCUAAAAAUCAUGGCAGGACUGACGUUGUUAAGUUUUUAAGAGAAAUCAUGCCAGCAGGGACAGCAGGUAAGCAAGCUGGGAUGGUGAGUGGUUCUGAAACACGUUUUCGUAGGGAAUUAAGACACAAGAAAAGCCUGAAAAAGUCGUUCAUUCUAAACGAAAAUUGGAUAGAACAUAUCCAGAAAACGGUUUUGAUUUCUUUUUGCACGUAAUAAAGAGAAAUAACUUCGCCACUUGAAAUUUCAACCAAAACUUUCAAAACUGCUGAGAAAGUUAAACGCACAUCUGUAAGUUGAGGGUGUCGAUGGGGUGAUGACCUUUACGGCUUGCUGUUAAAAUUUCGGAAAAAAAUUUACGGCUAACAGUUAACUUUUUUUCCGCUUCGGUAAAGUAAACAUAUUUUAAGGUUAACCUUUUUUAAUUAUUAAAGGCAAGAGAAAAUAAACAGGUUAUUAUCUCUUGUAAGCGGUUAAGAGCGGCCAAUUCUCCACCUUACGGCUGAUUCACGGCCAACUGAUAACUCCACUGAGACCCUCUAAGUUUAGUUUCAGACCACCAGCCCGCGAUCUGCAUUUGAAAUGUACUUUUCAUAAAUACUGCUGUUCUUUAUUCCAGGUCCAAUGCUGCCUGACACACUCCCUGUCCAAAAUAUUCCAAACACUCAGCUGAAAGAGUUGACAAUUGACCUCAGUGGUGAGGCUUUGUAGCAAAGAAUUAAGAUAUUUUUACAUAAUAAGCCAGAUGAGUGUUUCAAAUCAUAAGCAUUUAAAUAAAACUCCUUUUCCUUCCUUCCUUCCUUCGUUUCCUUCUCUCCUCUACUGACUUAUUUACCUCACUCGCUCACUCACUCACACAUUUACACUCUCCUCACCAUUAUCUUCAUAUUCCCGGAAAUAAUUCCUAUACCCUUCCACCUUCUCUGGAUGGAAGAUAUCCUCCUCACUGAGGAGCCUGUGAGCAACGUCUUUUUAUUGGAUCUAGUGGACCUAUCCUUCACUCAAAUGAUUUUUUUCAUAUUAGUAACAAUUAAGAUGACUGAAAAAGAAAGAAAAGGAAAAGUCAUAAAAAAGGACUGGGCAGGACGGGCGAGGGGUGAGAAAUAGAGCACAGAAAAACGAAAAGUCGCACUCACCUUUGUGUUGCUUUUUUUAAUGACUAAUCUGUCUCAUGCGAAAAAAAAGUGCUUAACGAAAACAAAAUGUUCAGUAAUGUUCUCGCAUCGGAAACAUUAGCCAGGUGUUUUAAAAUAUUGAGCAGAAAUUUGCAAGGGAAAAGGUCGAGGGCAGAUAGCAAUUUGUUUUGAACAUACUUCGAUGCUUAUUUUUGUAGGUCGAGACGAUUGGGAGCUAUUUGCAGAGAAACUGGGACUGACCCCUGCGGAGAUACGUUUUUUGGACAAGCGCACAAUGAACCAAGUGUUGGAAGUUUUGAUUUUCGCUAGAGAAAAAUAUCUCAUAACUGUUGGAGAUCUUUAUGACGUUUUGAAAGACUGUGGGCUGCCUAUCAUUGCCGACAUUCUUUGAAACCGGUAGUUGUCUUCCGCUUUGACGGAAGCAACUGACUCAACCAUCAAGUAAUUGAAUGGAUUGCAAAUUUUACUCCGUUAAAUGCCGCCCUCGAUUAGAAGCCGCUAAUUUAGGAGAAGAACUCAAAACAGAGGGGAUCGUUAUAGAGAAAAACACCUUAAACAAGCUUGGAGUCCUUUGAUUACUCUGAUAAAAACGCACAAAAACCUGAAGCGAUUUUAGAGACAUUCAGCUUGUUGCGUCCGGUACAAUAAGCGCAUGAUAUGUGCAACAAGCGUACUUGGUGCCAUUUAUGCUGCAAACGAAUUCGCCUGAACAUAUUAGAUAUCUCGUUGAAUCUACACAAAGUACCUCGGGUCUCCUCAGGUUCAAUUCCAAGACUUGCAUUAAAAUUCUCUUUACGGUAUAGAUGACAAUUUCCUCGUCUAGCGCCGUCUAAAUUUUAAUAAUUGCCUCACCAGAUUUUACAUUUUCCCGUAUCAAGGCCUCCUUGUGUUUCUCCACUGCCGCUCUUCUGUGAUUGAGAUUAUUAUACCGAAAGGAAACGGAUAUCGAUACGGAUGACAUGGCCUAAAUCUAAGCUUUUUACAGCUAGCGAACCUUGAUGAUAGACUACGUGUGGUGUAAGUUAUUAUGGGUGAAAUCUAUUAGGUGUGAAGUGUUUCUUAUGUCCAUUCUGUUCUCAUGGACGCGUAGUCAGCUUCUUCACACAACAUCAAAAAGGAAAUUGUAGCAUGAGGAAUGCCUCCACUUUAUUUCAGAGUCAGAUUUACGAAACAAAGCGUAAGGCACAAGUUGUAUUUAAUUUCUAUGUUUGUUAGGUUUUCGUUUUUUUGUUGUUGUUUUGGUUUAUUUAGGGCUGGAAGAAUUACAAUACAAUUUUUUGACAAUAGACAAAAUAUGUUUGUCUCGAGGGCUCAGUUCUAUUUUGUAAUUUGUCAUAUUUUAAGACUCAUUUCUAUUCAUGUAAUAAUUAUUUAUUUUUUUACAAACCAUCAAAUGUUCUUGACGGACACAUUUUCAUCAAAUCGUCAGCAGUCAUAUUUUUUAGUAGGGAGACUUGCGACUUCAACUCAGUUCAGUCUACAACAAAUACAAAUUAGUAAUAUGCAGACAAGAAUUUCAAAACCUCCUUUGAAAUAAGAAAAAAAUAGCUACUCUAAAACCUAGAUAGUGAGGGAGUUGGGGUCAUCUAAAUAGCAAAGGCUAAUUCAUAAUUGAACGAAUUAAACUAAUGAAAUGUCAC